GUGCUCACCAGUUGGUCGUUGAAUAUCGAGGGGUGAAAACGUUCGUUCGCAAACGCGGUCCACUCGGUGGUUGACGGCGGCGUGUGUGUUUCGGUGACGAUUACGCGAGCAACAACUCGGGGGGCAAUCAGUGGGUGGCGUCCACCCAAAUUUAUCCUCCAGCCCAAUAUGUACGGGAGCGACGGGACGUUGUUGUGAGCGAGAGCGUCGUCAGAGUUGCGAGAGGAAGUUGCGAUUGAAAGGUCUCGAUGAAAAGAAUAGUUUAGGAUUUUUCCUCCUGUUUUCUCUCACUUCAGUUUUCCAUCUAUACACUUUUGACCCUGGCCAUAAAAGCAGUCGGAUUGAGUUUCGCGUGGAAAUUGGGUGAAUUUUCCAACUUCAGGAUCCUUCGAAAAGUGGAUUUAUAAGUGAAAAUGAGUGCUAGACCGUGAUAUUGAACAGGACAUUGGGCGAAGCGGCAUCCAAGAAGUGUGCGGUGCUCAACAGGAACAAUGUGAAAAGUAGCAGCCGUGUAGGUCCACAAGUGUUUCCAAUUUCACUCCAAUUUUCACACUUUUCUGAGCACCAUACACCCUCUAUUAGCAUUCUUUGGCAAACGGGAUACCCAUAGCUUUACGACCUUUCAAGUGCAAUAUUCGCUAAAAUCGCCGCCAGUGAUCGAAGUGGUGCAUUGUGAGAAAAAACCUUCGAGCAACUUUUCAUCUUUGCAAAGCUGUAUGGAGAAAAAAUGAAUCACAAAUCUCCAUGAUGGAUGUAUUGCUAGCAGUCAUCAGCAUCGUCGUCGUUGGUUAGAGGCAGAAAAAAGAGCAACUGUGGAAGGAAGGGUAUAGCAGACGAACCAAACGGAGGUGGAGGAAACUUUGGCAUCGUUGUGAUAUGGCGAGCAGCAAUUUUCAGCGCUAAUCGAGCAUCGUAAGGAAUUUCCGCUCAUUUUGCCAUAAUUUGAGCUUUUUGCUGCUUGCUAAAUAACGUCGGAUUCACCAUCGGCCCUCCCCAGGUGCAAACACAUUUUGUAUGAAUGCGGGAUGAAUUCCGGCAGCCAACAGAGGCUGGUGACGAUAAUACACAACCCGUGACGGGCAGAACUCAGUUGUGGAUCGGUACCAUCGAUGGGACGAUGGUAACAAUGACUACGGAGAUCGACAAGGACAAGGCAGUAUCAAUAAUCGUUCCGAAGAAAAUGGCAUCCAACGAGAAGGACAAGGACAAAGAACGAGAAAAGGACAAAGAUAAGGACAAGGACAAAAAUGCAAUAAACAGCACUCCUGGUGUUAGCGGAACCAGUGCGGGUAGCUCUGGAGUUGCCCCUUCCGGUGGAAAUCGUGGUAGCCAGUCGCAUAGCACGCAAGUCGUUAUGAAUCAGGAUGCGCCGAAUAUUUUAGUUUACAAGAAGAUGGAAGGCAUAGUGGAGCGUAUGCAAAGUGAGGAAGGUGGUGUCUCGGUGCGUACAAUCAAAGCAUUCAUGAGCAAAGUACCGUCCGUAUUCACCGGCUCUGAUUUGAUUGCGUGGAUUAUGAAGAAUCUUAAAAUUGACGAUGUAGCGGAAGCGUUGCACAUUGCACAUCUACUUGCGUCCCACGGGUACCUGUUUCCAAUCGAUGAUCACCAGCUGACGGUGAAGAACGAUGGGACAUUCUAUCGUUUUCAGACACCUUACUUUUGGCCAUCGAACUGUUGGGAACCGGAGAACACCGACUACGCUGUCUAUCUGUGCAAACGAACCAUGCAGAACAAGACCCGCUUGGAACUAGCGGACUACGAAGCGGAAAACUUGGCCAAACUACAAAAGAUGUUUUCGCGCAAAUGGGAGUUUAUUUUCAUGCAAGCGGAAGCCCAAAGCAAGGUGGACAAGAAGCGUGAUAAGCUGGAACGAAAAGUGCUCGAUUCCCAGGAGCGCGCAUUUUGGGAUGUACACCGUCCGAUGCCCGGUUGUGUCAACACCACCGAGGUAGAUAUUAAGAAAGCGUACCGCCGUGGUGCCUCCACGCACGGCUCAGGCUCAUCCGGCGCGGCCGUCAAUAGCAAUCCAAUCGAGCAACUCACUAGACAAAUUAAGCUCUUGAAACUCAAGUUAGAACGUAGAACCAUUAAGAUCUCCAAAGUAGCCGAAUCUUAUAUAUCAUAUUUCGAACAAUAUAACGAAUACGAUUACUUUCUCACAACACCUGAUCAGCCAAAUCCUUGGAUAACGGACAAUAUUGAAAUGUGGGACACAGAUCGAACUGCCAAAGACGUAUCUCUUAAACGUGUGAAACGAUGGGGCUUUAGCUUACGAGAGCUAUUGAUUGAUCCCGUAGGACGAGAACAAUUUUCCAAGUUUUUGGAUAAAGAGUUCAGCGGAGAGAAUUUGAAGUUUUGGGAAUCGGUCCAGAGCAUGAAAGCUCAACCCCAAUCGAAGGUGAAGGAAGCUGCCCAUGCAAUCUAUUUGGAGUUCCUUGCUCCCGAUGCGCCCUGCCCAGUGAACGUCGAUUCCAAAUCGAUGGAAUUGGCCAGGGAAGCGGUGAGCAGCUCGGCACCUCCGAAUCGAUGGUGUUUCGAUGUGGCUGCUGCCCACGUGUACCAUUUGAUGAAGAGCGACUCAUAUUCGCGGUAUCUUCGGUCCGACAUGUACAAAGAGUAUCUCAAUGGGUCCAAAAAGAAGAACAAGUCCAUACCAAAUUUGUUCGGUGUAAAGCGUUAAUCUGGAUGGAGACAAAGCUUGAGUGUACGCAAUCGAAAGUGGAUAUUUUAGCGCGAACAUUUGUAGCGGACUCACGAAAAAAAAAUGAAGCAAAUCGACCGUUUUAAAAUCAGGUUAUACCAAACAGAUGCCCAUUGAAUUGAACUGUAGAUUUACUAGUCAGUAAGACAAGCAAGUUAAGACAUUGUGUAAAAUCAAAACCAAAAAAAAAAACAGAACAUAAGGAAUUGUUGAAUAUACUUCAAAGUUAGUGUGAUCUGCCGGAAUCUCUACGGUUCCACGUCAUGACAAAAAAAAAACAUGUGUAAUACAAUUAUCCUCGAUAAUAUUAUUCACCUUGCAAGACGACUUGAAAAAGCGAAAUUUUUCCUGCUGAUGAACAACCAGGCAGCAUUCAAAGAAUAUUAUUAAGAGUCUGAGGGAAAUAUAUAUUAUAUAGAUGACGAAUUGUCACGAUAA